UUACUAAGUUCCAUGUGUUUUGUUCUCAGACAGACUUCAUGAAACCUCUGGACAGGUAUGUGUUGAUCAGCCUGCAAGAACUGAAUCUAUAGAAGGGAAGUCGGUCACCAUCCCGUGCCAAUUUUCAUUUCCAGAACCGAAGAACAGGAUUGAGUCCUCAACUAUCAUUGUGAAAGCAUCUAAUUUAGUUUUCUGUAUAGGGCAUAAUAAGACCAUUUAUGAUUCCAGUACAGGAAUGUUCUCUCCCAACUAUCAGGGAAGGUUGAAUGUGACAUUCGAUCUAAGACACAAAAAUGCCUCAAUAACCAUAAACAAUGUAAUGAUGGAGGACGCUACACAAUAUUGCUGCCGCUUAGAACUGAGUUUUCUUGAUAGGGGCGACCAGAAAUGGGGAAGCCGUGAUGGUACAAGGCUUAUAGUGAAAGAUAGGAAUGAACCCGGUCUGGAGACAAUACCUCUGAUCUUUGCUGCUCCUGGAGAAAAUGUGACACUUCUGGGCCACUUCACAAAUAAUAAUGUAAAAUCUGCAAGUGACGUCACCUGUCAUGUAUGGAGGACCGCAUACAGAGCUACUGGAUGUGACAGCGGCACAAAUAUCGGAGAAUGCACCUAUAAGAAUAAUGCUUUAUAUUUCCAAAUCAACCAAGUUACCAGCGAGUAUAAUGCCUUUUAUUGCUAUCAAGUGAAAAUGUCUACUAAUAAUGAAGAGGAAAACACGUAUUACUAUCUUGGACCACAACUUCUUAUUAUAGGUAAAACAAGCACCUUAAACAUCAUUCAGCCAGAGGAAGUGGAAUUCCAUCAAUCAUCUAUAAUCAAUUGCAGUUUCACUCUACAACAGGACAACUCUAUUCUAUUGAUGGACGUCCAAUGGAUUAUCGGGGAUGCUAGAGAGAGCUACGCCUACCAUCCAAACCCAGACUACAUACACCCAGAUUACAAGGGAAAGACCAGAUUGGUGGACGGGUCCAACCUUCACCUGGAAGACCUCCAUGGGCCAGAUAACACCACCUUCUACUGCCGAGUAAUCAUCAGACAAUGCUUUGGAAACCAAGAAAGUCCCAAUCGCAUAGAUACGAUCUUAGAAGAAGGUCCUGGGACACGAUUAAUAGCUAAAGGUACAUACUGACCAUCAAAAAUGUCUAAAAGUAUUAUUCAAGAAUCAAAACGAGCUG